CGAUCACAAUCACAAUCUGAAUCGCGAACGAAAGAUUGCGUGCUGUUGCGAGUCGAGGUCUGUCGAGGUUUGGCGUCACACUCACCAUAUCCGUACAAGAUCAGCGUUUUACCAUCCUCGAACGGUGCCGCUUUCCAAUCUCAGAGGAUUUUUGGCACUCGUAACUGGUGACCCUCGCCUAGCAGCAGAUCCGAGUUGGAGCAGCGCAAGUGCAGGUGCUUCUCACGUUUGGUUUGCACCUCGCGACGAGCCGAAACCUCUCCGGGGAAGCGCGCUCUGACUGGAUAUCUUUGGCGCAUUCCUGCGUAUGCGAUCACUACAUCCUCAUCAGACCCAUUGCCAGUAUGGCUUACGUUUCGCUCUCAAAGGCAUUGUACGACUAUGCAGCAACGGCAGAGGACGAGUUGAACCUGAAGGAGGAUGACCUGCUGUACAUCAUAGAUGCAUCCGACACCGAAUGGUGGAAGGCCAAGCUCAAGACAGGUCCAGAGGAUGAGGAAAAGAUUGGGUUGGUACCCGCAAACUAUGUGGAGGAGGCAGAACCUUUGAGGCAGAGCAGAGCCCUGUACGACUACUCGCCACAGACGGAGGAAGAGCUGGAGAUGAAGGAAGAUCAGCUCUUGUCGGUGUACGAAGAUGAUGACGAUGAUUGGCUGCUGGUUCGAAUAGCGGACUCGGGCGCACAGGGCAAGCUUGGCUUCGUCCCCAAGAAUUACGUCGAUGAGGUUGCUGCAGUGGAUGGCGCGACCUCACUGGGUGCACCGAUAUCGGCUGGGGCAGCUGCAACCUUCGACGGGCAAGCUCCUGAAGAAGCUGAGGAAGAAGUGGAGGAGGAGCGGCAAUCUAUUCCUGCCACUUUCGUGCCCCCACCUGCAGGUGACAAGAGCGACGAGAUCAAGAUGUGGGGGGUCUCAGCCCUCGACGCCAAGAAAAAGAAACGCAAGGGAACCCUGGGCAUUGGCAACGGCAACCUCUUCUUCGCCUCAGAGUCCGAUAAGCAGCCUGUGCAGAAAUUCAGUGUGCUACUGAUCGAGUCUCACGCACUCGAAUCGAAGGGGAAGCAGAUCAAUUUGGAGCUACACGAAGAUGCAGGAGUGGAGGACAACAUGAUACGCUUUGUGUUUGGAAGCAAGUCGGAAGGGGAAGAGGUCGCACAGAAGCUGGAAGAGUCCAAGAGCAAAGCCAUCGCGCAUGGCAGCAGUGCUACUGUCAAGUCGCCUUCGCCAGCAGCAGGCAGGUCGCUGCCACCACCAAUCGCCAGCGCAGCUCGUCCCGCUGCUUCGCCCGCAGCAGCUGCACUGCCACCUCCUUCACGCAACACUUCGACGCUCCCGCCACCCGCUCGUCAGACAGCUAGCGCUUCUCCUGCAACGACACCAGCUAGGAACGGGCACGCAGCGAAAGAAGCGUGCAUCGCUCUCUACGAUUUUGAGGCCCAAGGCGACGACGAGCUAAGUGUUGCAGAGAACGAGAAGUUGACGCUGGUGGAACGUGAAAAUGAAGAUUGGUGGAAAGUGCGCAAUGCUUCGGGGUCGGAAGGUGUUGUUCCUGCCAGCUACAUCGAACUUUCCGAUGGUGAAGACGGAGAUGAGGCUGCGUCAAGCACACAACAAGAUGAGGCUGAACGCGAAAAGCAAGAGAAGGCAGCCGCUGCCAUGGAGGCGACCAGACGGACGCAGGAGGCUGCGGCAAGAAGGGCGCGAGAGGCGGAGGAGCGACGCGAGGAAGAGGAGCGUAGACGCGAAGCCCUCAAAGCUCAGCCUGCUCCUGCUCCACCUAGAGCUGCGCCAUCAGCGGUAUCGUCCGCAAGCGCAACUAGAGCUGCUCGAGAUGUGAGCGUACCAUCCGGAAAGGGUGCUCCCGAGCGCCCAACGGACUCGGCCCAAGCCAAGAGUCGACCGAAUCCUGCUCGCACGCGGAACUGGGUCGAUCGGACAGGUCAAUUCAAAGUCGAAGCUGAGUUCCUUGGUUUCAAUCAAGGCAAGAUAAGGCUUCACAAACUUAACGGAGUUAUCAUAGAGGUGGCCAUUGAGAAGAUGAGCAAUGCCGACAUUCAGUAUUUGGAGGAUGUCACUGGAAAACGUCUCACGCCUUCCAGCACGUCAAGAGGAGCAGACUCUAGUACACGCAUGGAUCCCCGAUCUGCUGGGCGAGAGCGAGACCGCGAUCGCCAGCGCGAGAGGGAGCGGGAGCAAAGGCGUCGACAAGCACAACGAGAUGGUCCGAAGAGGAACAUUGAUUGGUUCGAGUUCUUCCUUGCUGCAGGAGUGGAUGUGGACAACUGCACUCGCUACGCAGCGGCCUUCGAAAGGGACAACAUCGAUGAGUCCAUCUUGGCGGACAUCGAGAGCAGUACACUCCGCAGUCUAGGACUUCGAGAAGGGGACAUCAUCCGAGUCGACAAGUUCAUCAAGCGCAAAUACAAGAGACCCGACGCGGCGCCUUCAACAGAAUCCAAGGAAGCGGCUCAAAUUCGCGCGGAUGAAGAGAUGGCGCGCAAGCUGCAGGAGAAUGAGCAGUCUGCACGUCGCGGAGCAUCGAAUAGCCCUGCACCCAAUCUUUUCUCGGGCCCCGACGGCUCGUUGAGGAACAACACUCGACGAGGACGUCCUGCACCUAAGACCAAUGGCUCGGGCAGUGUGGAUCCUGCUGGCAUCGCUGCAGCAGCUGAAGGUCUCGCGCGCACCGUCAGUCCGCCUACGCGCGCCAGCACUGCCAGCCCAACUGUGGUGCGCAAGGCGACGCAUCCUACUGGCGCAGGCGGUUUCGACGAUGAUGCUUGGACUCCACGACCGUCCAGCACUCAACCAUCCACUCCCGGGCUCUCUGCUGCUGCGCCUAAACCUGCUUCGGUGCCACCAACCCCUCCCCCCGCUCCAGUGCCAGCGGCAGCACCUGCGCCCACACCCCCUACGCCUCCUGCUGCUGCUCCAGCACCUGCAGUAGUUUCUCCUCCACCAACCGCGGCUGCUGCACCACCUUCCGAUCCCAACUCUGCGCUCUUCGACAAGCUUGCUGCUAUGAAGCCUCCAUCGGCAGGUUUGUCUCCAAGGCCGGGCGCAAGCCCUGCAAACGGCUCUUAUUUGAGCGGCUACAAUCCCAAUGCACCAAGAGGACCUCUUGCGCCGGUGCCUGGCAAUCAAGGCUUGCUCUCACCGCUCGUUCCAACAAGCGGCACUGGCCAAUUUGUGCCCACCAGCGGCCUGGGCCCACAAGCGACUGGGUACAAUAACGGUUAUGGCGGAAUGCAGCCUCAGCAGACGGGUUACAUGCAGCCUCAGCAGACGGGCUAUAUGCAACAGCAACCUCAACAGACGGGAUACAUGCAACCUCAACAGACGGGCUACGGAAUGGGAAUGAGCAUGGGAAUGUCUUCCCCUGGUAUGAUGUCGCAACCCACCGGAUACAACCCUCAAUAUGGAAUCUCAAAUGUGUCGGGCUUUGGAGGCGGUAUGCUUGCUCCGCAGACCACUGCUAUGCCUCAGCACCAGCAACAGCAGCAGCAUCUGCAGCCGCAGGCAACGGGCAUUCAGAUGCCCAUGCAAACCGGACCUAACGACAAGCUGGGAGCCGCUAGCAUCUUUGGUCAAAUGAAGCAAGGCACGCUUCAUCAAGAUUCCAACAGCAACCCGCAGUCUGCUCAGCGAUACGAUGCGCUCAGACCUCAGCCUACUGGCUUUGCGCCUGGCGGCGUGAUGGGAUCCGGCUUUCAGGGCAACGGCAUGUAUGGCCAACAAUCUGGCUGGGGUGGGCAGUAUUGAAGAUGUCUUUGUUGCUCAAUUGUCAUACACCCGCAUUUUCUCAUUCAUUCGCUACCUUUCCCUGCUCGCCUGCUUUCUUCAAUUCAUCCGUCUUUCGCGCGUCACUAGGCAG